GCGGUGCCUCCCUGUGGCGGCAAACCCCGGGAAACUGCCGUGGCCGCUAUCAUGCUGCCUGCCGACUCCUCGCGCCGGCUGGUGGCCGAACUGCAGGGCGCGCUGGACGCCUGCGCGGAGCAAGAGCAGCAGCUGGACCAGAGCCUGCGCGUGUGCCGGCGGCUGCUGGGAACCUGGAAACCUGCCGGGGUGCCAGAGCCAGAACCCAGUCAUGAGGACCCGUCUCCAGGGGCCCCCAGUCCCCAAGACCUCAAGGAGCUGGAGCUCCUGACCCAAGCGCUGGAGAAGGCUGUCCGGGUACGAAAAAGCCCCUCGAAGACUGCAGAGAGAGCCAAGGUCCCCAACCAGAAACCCAGGACCAAGGCCCCCACAGCCCCAGCCCCGCCCCAAGCCCCAGGGCGGACUAGCAGCCACACAUCAGUGACCAGACCCACCAGGAGCAGCCACCAGCCCAAAGUGUUGACCACGGGCCACCAAGAACACAGGCUCCGGCCUGCUCAGGAGAGGGCCACCUUGGGAACAGGAGCCCGAGCCACCAAGCCCAGCCUUGGGGACCCACAGGUGACAUCUGCUGCUCCUCGGGGUCCAGAAGUUUUCACACUUAAAGAAAAGGGGUCCCUGCUACGGCUGCCCUUGGCCUUCCAGAAGACAGUGUCCCAGAACUCCCGUCUGUGGGCCCAGCUCACUUCCACUCAAGCCAGUGACACCGAGGAGGCUGCUGCCAGAGCCCGAUUUCUGCAGAAAAUGCAGGCAGCUUCUGGCCGGGCUGCCCCAGGGCUCAGCAUGGCCCAGGUGGAAGCGGAGGUGGGGACGCUGCGCAGAGCUUGCUGGCUGCUGAGGCUACACAUGAACAAUGAGACGGCAGCAGCUCCGGCUGACUGGGUGCAAGAGUACCGCCGGGUGCUGACCCUGGAGGGGCUGCAGACCAUGGCCGGCCAGUGUCUUCGCCGGCUGCAGGAGCUGCGCCAAGCAGUCGCAGGACAGCAGCUGGACCCAUGGCCCCUGGGGAAGCCCCCUCAGGCAUGCCCCUGCAGAGGCGGUGCUGAUGCCAACUGGAAACCCCAGCUGCUUCUCUACUCCAGCACCCGAGAGCUGCAAAGCCUGGUGGCCCACCAGCUGCACACCACCAUGCUGGCUCAGCAGCUGCACCUGCAGAAAGUCCUGAUGGCAGAGCUCCUCCCUCUGGUGAGGGGCACCCCGAGCCCCAGCCGGCUGGCCCUGUGCCGGGCAGUACACAGCCUGCUCUGUGAUGGGGGCCAGCACUUCCCUGUGGCCCUGCGAGAUGAGCCUGCAGACUGAGCCCACCUGGAGCUACCAGCACACUCCUCUCCAACCCAACCCAGUGGGGUCAGCCCUCCCAGGACCCACAGGUCUAAGCCCCAUUCUGCCUUCCUGAGAACAGCCCAGGGACCGCUGAGCAUUAAACGCACUUCGGAAAGAC